CGCGGUCCCAGCUGCAGCGAGCCGCCUGGGUGGCUGGACGGUCCAUGGGCGGCAGUGAGGGCCACGAUGACAGAUUACGGCGAGGAGCAGCGCAACGAGCUGGAGGCUCUGGAGUCCAUCUACCCCGACUCCUUCACAGAAAGAGGUUGCUGAGCUGCUGCCAACCUGAACAGGGGCCAGUGCUUCCCAGGGCUGGAGUGAGGCACAGGCUUUUCUCAGGGGCUCAGCAGCAAUCACAGUAUUAUCAGAAAAUCCACCCAGUUUCACCAUUACUGUGACAUCUGAGGCUGGAGAAAAUGAUGAAACUGUCCAGACUACCCUCAAGUUUACAUACAGUGAAAAAUACCCAGAUGAAGCCCCUCUUUAUGAAAUAUUUUCCCAGGAAAAUCUAGAAGAUAAUGAUGUCUCAGACAUUUUAAAACUAUUAGCAUUACAGGCAGAAGAAAACCUCGGUAUGGUGAUGAUCUUUACUUUAGUGACAGCUGUGCAAGAAAAAUUAAAUGAAAUAGUAGAUCAAAUAAAAACUAGAAGAGAAGAAGAAAAGAAGCAAAAAGAAAAAGAGGCAGAAGAAGCUGAAAAGCAAUUAUUUCACGGCACUCCUGUUACAAUUGAGAAUUUCUUAAGUUGGAAGGCCAAGUUUGAUGCAGAACUCUUGGAAAUUAAAAAGAAACGAAUGAAAGAAGAAGAACAAGCAGGAAAAAAUAAAUUAAGUGGGAAACAGCUCUUUGAAACAGAUCAUAAUCUUGACACAUCUGAUAUCCAGUUUUUGGAAGAUGCUGGAAACAACGUGGAGGUAGAUGAAUCUCUGUUCCAGGAAAUGGAUGACCUGGACCUAGAGGAUGACGGGGAUGGUCCAGACUACACUCCUGCUGACCCAGAGAGUGAUUUGACUGACUAACGGACCGGCCCCGUCUGCAGAGAGGCGUGACUGCCACAGCAUCUGUGGCUGUGCCGAGGUGUUGAGUUUUCUUUCUUUUUUCUAAGAAAAAAAUAAUUUUCAGGAGAAUAUUCUUCUGAUAGCUUUCAUCAUUGAACUUAAUAAACUGACCUUAAAGUUUCAAAUAUAAAAUGUUCAGUUCCUCUUAUUGGUAGGAAUAAGGUCAUAUAUUGAAGGUCACUUAGUGUUAGAGAGAGACCCAGCCUGUAACACGAAGACUUAGAGAUAGAGUGCAGCUGUGCACAGGUGGGGGUUCCUAUACAAGGGAUUGUAAUAACUUGGAAUUCCUGUGCUGGAGACAGCGAUGACUUUUUGCUUCUGUGUGCUCUCAUGAAUAUAAAAUAUUAGAAGACAGAGGUGAAGAGAAUAGUAAACCUUCGGAAUUCUAGCCUUUGGGCAUGAUAAAUUUAAGUCUUUACAAAACCAGAAACCUAAAUUAUAUUCAGGAUUAAAGUGGACUUUAGUCUUACGGUGGUAUUUGAAUCAGCAUCCUCUGUGCAGUUAUUAGAAGGUGUGCACUCAUCAGAAGGUGUGCACUCCUAGGCUUUUCUCAGUUUAGGUUAUUAAACACUGACCUUAAUCUGAAUUUUAAAACUGUGAAAUCUCAUGCCAGUUGACAUACGUUACUCCGUUGCAUACUCCUUAUUCUGUAGUUGUGAAAUAUAUAUAUAUUUGUGAUGUUCCCUUACUCUUCUCAUUUAACCAGUCUGAAAAGGUCUGAAUUCUUGAGGUUGUACGCUGUCUGCAGGAGAACACUUAUCCACAUUACUGCACAUAUGAGACCUUUUCCGUAAUAAUUUGGAAUGAUUGACUUGGGGACUUCAGGUAGGAGAGCCAGGCUUCAUGCAAAUUAUCCAGUCACUGCAGUUCUAGAGAAUUGAAUCUUAAUCCUAAUAGGAAAUUACUUGUGCUAUUGCAAAUCACUGCCUCCUUUCAAAAAUACACAUGCUACGUAUCCACAAGCACAAGCAGUAUCAAUCCCGUGCUUGUUUUUGGGGUUAGACACUCUGGCUAAAAUCAAACCAUUUAAGACAAAACUAUCAUUGAGGAAUGUCAUACUUUUUCGAUAGCUUUGGUUCUGACCAAUAAAAGGGAAUACCAGUAGUGUUCAGCAUUUCUCUCCAGAGACACGUCUAAAAGUUUCUUUUGUGUGAGAAUUAACUUUUUGUAAGGAGCGGUCCUUUCUGAAGCUGAUCACCAGAUGCAUUAAGAACUCAAGAGCAGUUUCAUUAAGGGUAAGACAAGCAGCGAUGAACAGUGUAGUGCUGAGCCGAUGACGAUUUGACCUUAGUGUCGAGAGUGAUUCCACCUCCUCCUCACACACGAUUUUGUUUUAAGGUUGAAGUUUUAUACAUUUUCUCUAGGUAUUGGAGUGGAUUCUACCUGUGUCAUUUCAGAAUGUAGGCAGAACCUAAUGGUAUGGAAAUGAAGACAGAGACUUCGUUCUAGUGAUAUUCCCAAGUAUUCUCAUCCAGAGUAAAUAUUAAUGUUAAUGUUUCUUUUGUUUUCUGGGAGUUAACCGAAGACUCUGCUUCUCAAACUGAAGCACACAUAAUCCCAGGAUGUGCAGAAGCAUGACUGGUGGUAUUUGAAGCAAUAAUUGGCCAUCGCAGAUUAUCAGUUUUGCUCUUGGAUUUGGGAUCAUUUUUGCUUUUGUUUCUCUACUUAUGCUAAAUUGUAUAAAAUAUUAUAAGAUUAAAAACAAGUACAAGUUUGUGUAUUCUUUGCUGUAUCCCUGUGACAAUGUCUGGCACUGAUUAGGCAUCUAAUAUUCAUUGAAAGAUUGUCAUGCAUUUUGAAGUUAAAACAUGACAGUUGAACGUUCUGUUUGCCAUCUGCAGCUUUGCAUAAUGCUUCUGGAUUCUGCAUUACUUCAUACUCUUCUGCCAGCAGGGGUGCCUUAGGAAAAAGGUGGAUAAAUACUGAUCUAAGGCGAGCACAUCUAAAAGGUUACAUGAACAUUUCCUAGUGGAGGUAAGAGGAGUGAGAGGGACGGCUGACAGCUCUUCCGGAGGCACAGGAUGAGUUCAUGGAUUGUACUGUCACAAACUCCGAAGAUAGACGUGCCAAAAAGCAAAGCGUUGCAUUCUUGGAUUCCGGGAGAAAGGAGAGCGUAGGUUUUCAGCAUUUAUGUGCUAACGCAUUGUUCGUGUUACAACACAAAGUAGGUAAACUACCUCAAGUGGCUCGCAGCGUCUGUCUUUCAGAGAACGUACGCAUCAGGCAGCAAAGGUAGACGUUGUAUGAUAUAUUAAAGUGGGUCGCACACUUCAGAACUGUAGAGAGUAAUUUUAGAGAGACCAUUGAGAUCUCGUGUGAUAGGGAAAGGUUUUCACAAGUGCUACAUGGGGUACGAGUCCAUACAAAUACAUAAAUGGGAACGACAUUAGGUUCUUUGCUGCUUUAGGACCUGUGUCCGCGUAAGAGGCAGAAUGCUGCCGAAAGGUACGUUAUGAAGUUGAUAGCCUUCUGUUUCAUGUCACUGUUGUUGGGCAAAGGACUUGGAAAGAAAAGGGGUGAGGUAGGUUGGGAAUGCACAGUUUAGUGCACCUUCCAUUACUAAAAAAUGGAAAAAUGCUGGAAAAGGUUCAAGAAUAUUGUAAGGGAUAUCAAACCAAAAUUUUAAAUAACUGCCGUGCAGAGCCAUUUUGGCACCUGAGGUAAAAGGAAAAAUCAGUAAUUACUUAAAAUUUGGAUACUUUAUUUAUUUUGGAUUUUACAUUAAUCUUUAUUUUUUUAAAUACUGCAUUAAAUAUUAUUUAUCUUAAUAACUGAGUUUUUGGUGACUCCUUAAAUUUUGCAACCAAUAUCGGCGCCUCACUCACCUUACCAUAGUCCUUGAUAGCUCCAAAAGGCUUUCAGGGUUCUCUGGUCUCCAUCCUAAGAAUAUUGACCAUGUGGAGGGGGCUCCCUUAUGUGAGUGAAGAUGCUCAGGAGACAAAGAGCAUGAGCCAUACCAGCUUCAAGCAGGUAUUUAAGCUAAAGCAAUUAAGGGCCUGGAAAUUACUAGAGUAUGGGCUAUUGCCACAUGCCUAAGACAUCAAAAAAUAGGGUAUAGCUGGGCGCCUGGGUGGCUCAGUUGGUUAAAUGUCUGCCUUUGGCUCAGGUCAUUGGGAUCAAGCCCUGCAUCAGGCUCCCUGCUCAGUGGGGAAUCUGUUUCUCCCUCUUUUUCUGCCCUUCCCCAUCGCUUGUGUUCUCUCUCUCUCUCAAGUAAAUAAAAUCUUAAAAAAAAAAAUGGGUUAUAGCUUUGACCGUACCAAUCCAAACAUACUUAGGUGUGAUACAAUCUUUAGUAAAAUGAAUUACACUCCAGAUUUGGUGGUAUCUUUAAUAGAUUGAUACUUGUGGAACUCACUCUGUCUAGUAAGUAUGGGUCUCGAACAUUUUCCACCUAGACUUUUGGGAUAAUAUUUUUUAAAGAACAUCCUGAUACUUGACGUAUCUUCUGACAUUUUUGUUUUAAAGGUCAGACUGAUUCAUCUCUAUUGUUUGGAAUGGCCCUUAGCCAUUAGGAUCUGUUACCAAGAGUGUUUGUUUUAAAAUGUAAAUAUUGAUGCUAAGGCCCUUGAAAAAUGACAUUAAAGGAGAAUCUUAGGCACAUUCUCUAA